GGCAACGCUAAGCCAUCCUCUGUGAUGUCAUCCUCCUGCAAGUGCACCACUGUGGGAUACAAGGUAUAUAAUAAGAGAGAUCCACACUACUUGCUCAUUCGUUAGUUUGUGCUCAACACGAAAACUUAGCAAGAUGCUUAAAUACGUGACAGUAUUGUGCGUGGUCGCCGCGCUGAGCGCAGGCGCACCCCAGCCCCAACAGAACCCUCAGGAAGUACAGAUCCUUCGUUUUGACAGCAAUGUUGAACCCGACGGCUACAAUUUCGCAUACGAAACAAGCGACGGAACAUCCCGUCAAGAGGAAGGCAAGAUCGACAACCCAGAAUCCGAAAACGCCGCUUUAACAGUCACUGGACAGUACGCAUAUGUCGCGCCUGACGGAAAACACUACACUGUUACAUUUACAGCAGGCCCUAACGGAUUCCAGCCCAAAACCUCCCUCGGACAAAAGUAAAUUUGAACCACUUUUGAGACGAUAUUUCUAGAUAAUUCAAGCGCAAUUUAAUAGUAUCGAAAAUUGAAUGAACGCCAUGUUUGUUUAAGAAUCAUCUUAAAUUGCUACUGUGUUAAUUAAGCUUUUGUGUAUGGUCCAUGUAAAUACUCUGAUAACAUUCAUCCCUAAUGAACAUUUUCCCGAUAGCUAUCCGCUUAUCGAUCUCAGCUGUAUUCUGUCUGAGCAUAAAGAAAGGGAAAUGCGAAUUUUAAGUUCUUGUGCCAUAAGAAUACCUUUUUUACUUUUAUAAUUUUGUAAAGACUCAUGUGAUAUUAAUAAAGUUUUUAAGAAAAUUAAAA